CACCCAUCGCACCCGUCGCACCCGUCGCUCUCUCUCCUCUCCAAGCACCAUUUUUGCAUGCCAUGGCCCGGCGCUCGCUCCCCGUGCUGAUCACUGCCCUUGUUUGCCUCGUGCUCGCUUCAUGCGUCGCUGCCGACCGCUACGUGGUCGUCUUCCGUUCUGGCAGCCUCGCUGACGAGAUUUCGGAGGCCUCCGCCAAAGUCGUCGCCAGCGGCGGUUCCGUCGUUCGCCGCCUCAAGGUUCUCCCCGCCAUCAUCAUCGAUUGCGAUCCCUCCUUUGCUGAAAAUACCAUCCAGAACUGGCCGUCGGUUGACUACAUCGAAAAGGACGAGGAAAUCUCUGUGUAGCGUUGUUCAGCCAUCGGGUUGUCGGCCAUCUCCGGCAGCUGCGGAUUCCGCGUGGCUUUCCAACACAUCCAACACGAAGCAGGACACCCAUUUUUGAGUGUCGAUUGGGGACUUUCUCUUGAUAUGAAUACACCGAUCCACCAUGAUCAAACAGCGUG